ACGGUUUGCUACAAUGGAUUCAAGUCAAGCACGUCGUUUCUGUUCCACCAUUUUCAUCGACGACAACAAUGGCUUCACCAUGAUCGACAGCAGCUCCCCAGCAGAGGUACGAGUUUAUACUUAAAAGUGCGAUGA